AUGGCGGAGAUGGUCGGAUUCGAGUUUUUGAAGCUUACGGAGAACCAACGAACUGCUGUCUACCAUCAUCUACUGUUCGGGGAAAGGUUCGUGCUUCGCCGCGUCGCCAAGGCUGCAUAUCAAAUCGACUCGCAAAACAUUCUGCACGGCACCACAAUUUCGCUGCAGAUGAAGGAAACGGCCCGGAACGCCCUGAAAUUUGACCUGGGCUGCCCGACGCAACCCAUGAAGCUGGUACACACUGACACCACGAUGCCAUACUGGAGCGCUGAACGUGAGUCCAGGGUCUUGGUUACCAUCGAUUCGCUGCCCGAUCAGCUGAACUUUAUAAACCGACUGACUGCUUCGAUGCCACCGCAUGACGUGGAUUUCUUCAAAAUCGCAUGCAGAUCUGUCGGCGGCUGCGUGCGCCAACGUCUCGAUAUCUUGCGCUCGUCGAUCAGGGGCAAUUAUAGUGGUUGGAGGAUCAAGGCCUUGCCUAAAGUGCUGGCCGCGGAGCGACAGAUCGCAGAUCGGCAAAAUUCUUCGGCCAAGCUAUCAAUCUUGGAAAAUUCUCUCAGCCGCGAUGAACUGCCAGAAAUGGAAGACUAUGCGAAAAUAUUCGAGCAGGUCGCUCACAUCAGAAAGGUUUACUUCUGUGGCAGUUACAAUUACCACGAUUGUUGGCCGAGAGCUAUGAGCAUCUGGUCUGUGCUGCUCCAAGAUAUACUCGUUAAGUAUCCGCCCCUCGACGGUGCUACACGCCUCACAUGUAUCGAAUUCUACUUUAUAAUGCACAUCCAUGACGACCCUGACCACCGACUGCCUGAGGAGCUGAAAGGCUUGCUCGAAUCGAGAUGUGGGCCGAACCUCGUUGUGGAAAUCGACAAGAGGACCCAGAUCCUCCGGAACGGGUAUCUCACCGGUGGCUGCCAGCGCUUCGACGAGUGGCGGGUGCUGAUCGCCGAAAACUGCGCACGCGGGACGGCGGAAUUCCGACAAGAAAUAGCCCGACGGCAGCGGCUCAUGGAGAUCAACGUUUGUGAUGUAAAUCGAUGGAAGACGAGGUGGAGGCAA